GUCAACUCGAGUUAUUAUUAAUAUCGUUAAUAUUAAUAUUAACGUUGUUAUUAAUAUCGUUAUUAUUAAUAUAAAAAGUUGAGUAAAAGUUUAUGUCGUUUGCCGGUAGUUACAAGAAAAGAAAAAAUAUGAAUGAUUUCGAGGAAAAUAAUAAUAAUGAGAUUCUUACGCCACCGGAACUUCGUGAAAUAGUGAACGAGAUUCAAGAUGAUUUGCUGCCUGCGAUUUCUAAAGAAAAGUAUAACAAUAAAUAUUUGGCGUUUAAAAGCUGGACAGAAUCGAAAAACGUUAAAACCAUCACAGAAAAUGUGAUGAUACCUUAUUUUAUGGAAUUAGCAGAAAAGUAUAAACCUCCCACGUUGUGGGCAACGUACUCAAUGUUGAAAUCAACUUUAAAAAAUAAUGACAAUGUAAACAUUGCAAAGUUCUUAAAGCUGACAACUUUUCUUAAAAGAAAAUCUGAAGGAUAUAAGUCUAAAAAAUCGAAAAUUCUCUCUCCAGAGAACAUUAAUACAUUUCUCUCAGAGGCUCCGGAUGAAAUAUAUUUGGCAACAAAAGUUGCUUUAAUAUUCGGCAUUAAUGGUGCGUGCAGAAGGGAGGAGCUAUCUAACAUAAAAAUGGAAGAUGUUCAACACGAGGGUAAUCUUCUCCUUAUACAGAUUCCUAAUACAAAAACAAAAGUCCCAAGAUCCUUCACUGUGGACGGAGAAUUUAGAGAUAUUGUUCUCAAAUACGAAGCUCUUCGACCAAAAAAAACCGACUGCAGCCGAUUUUUUCUUAAAUUACAAAAAGGAAAAUGCGUAAAUCAAGUCAUCGGAAAAAACAAAUUCGGCAAAAUGCCAAGUGAAAUCGCAACGUAUUUAAAACUUGAAAAUCCUGAACUUUAUACUGGACACAGUUUCAGGCGAACAUCCGUUACAUUGUUAGCUGAUUCUGGUGCUGAUUUAAUAACGCUCAAACGCCACGGAGGAUGGAAAUCCUCAACUGUUGCUGAAGGUUACAUUGAUAAUUCAACAAAUUAUAAGCGAAAAAUUGGAAACCAGAUUGAGGCAGCGAUUAAUUUACCCUCAUCUAGUGGCACACAAAUAUGCAAGGAAACCGCAAAAGCAUCUUUAAAAGACCAAAUACCAAAUAAGAAAAAAAAGAUAGUCCACCAAAUUGAAACGGCUGCCAAUUCGGAUUUAUUGAGAACUUCUAACACAGUUCAAGAAACUAACGAAAUCCCGCAAACUAUUGAAAACAAUUAUUCUUCGCAAAUCAGUAGCUCUCAAGAAUUAAAUAAUCAAUCUAUUACCUACAAUAUAACAAAUUGCACAGUUAAAAUUUAUAAUUAA